AUGCUGGCCGGCGCACUCUGCCGCUUGGCAGCCGACGUCCCCAGGGCGUCCCCACACAAUGUGCCGCAACUCGCACGCCACCUUGAGCGCGUGCUCGUUAUUCGCAGCGCCGCUGAAUCCUCCCCCGCCCGCGCCUCGCCGCGCAUCUACGCGUAUGCCCGCUGCUAUGCUACGACUACACGCGCAACCAAGCCCACGGCCACGGUGAAGAAGGCGGUCAAAGCGGCCGCAAGCGAAAAGACCCCGCCAAAGAAGAAGGCUGCACCUGCAAAGACGACUGCAAAGAAGCCAGCAGCCAAGAAGACAAAAAAGCCAGCGGCCAAGAAGCCAGCGGCCAAGAAGGCGGCCCCGAAGCGUGCGAAGAAGAAGGUACUAACCGAGGAAGAGAAGGAGAGGGCCAAGAUCCGUCAGCUGCGCGCAAAGGCCUUGAAGGAGCCCCUUUCGCAGAGGACGCUGUCGGCCUACAAUCUCUUUGUUGCCGAGCUCACCAAGGGCAAGCCGAGUGGUAGCGACACUCAGGUGUCCAAGAUCACGAGUGCUACUAAGGAGUUCAAGAACCUGUCACCCGCACAGCUCGAGCACUACAACCACCUUGCCAAUGAGGAAAAUGCCAAAAGGAAGGCCGAGUUCGACAAAUGGCUCCAGUCCUACACCCCACAGGAGAUCCGCAUUGCCAACCUCGCUCGCGCCCAGCUGCGCAGGAGACUCGCCGGUAAACAGAAGGGCCACCCUGCCCACUCUGCCAAACUACACGACCCCCGCCACGUCAAGGCCACGCUGAACCCCUACGCCUUGUUUUCCCGAGCCAGACACGCCACCGGCGACUUCAAGGGCAUCCCUGUUAUCCAGGCCUCCAAGCUCAUUGGUGCUGAGUGGAAGUCAUUGAACGAGAGUGAGAAGCAGAAAUACCAAAGCGAGGCCAAUGCUCUAGCUACCAAGCAGUAA